AUGGCCCCAAUUCAGAUUCGAGAACUAAUAUUACUAAGAAUUGGGUGGUGGAUUAAAGGUUGGGACUCUCUCUUCCCUUAUCGCCUAGAAGAGAUUCAAAGAAAUCCCAAGUGUCUUCGUUGGAGUUCACUCAAAACCAUGUCUACACCUCCAGCUCCUGACCCCAAGCUACGGAUUUGGUCACCACCACCUCUUUCAUGUCCAAAAUGGAAUGUAGAUGCUUCGCUACAGCCCUCUCUCAACAAGUCUUCAAUUGGCGGAGUACUUCGAGACUCAUCAGGGAAGUUUCGCUGCCUCUUUUCUUCCCCAAUACCUUCCAUGCAGAUUAAUCUGGCGAAGAUUUUUGCCAUUCAUCGAGCUCUAAAAAUAUCUCUAAGCAGCCCGGAAUUCAUAAAGCAUCAUCUUAUAGUGGAAUCCGACUCCGCAAACGCAGUCAAAUGGUGUAACGAAAAAUCAGGGGGGCCUUGGAAUAUUCACUUCAUCCUGAACUUCAUUCGAAACAUUCACUCUAUGGGUCUCCAAGUCACAAUCUGCCAUUGUGGAAGAGCCUCAAAUAGCGUCGCAGAUGGGUUAGCAAAGCAAGGGCUUGCUAGAACUGAUGAUUUUAUUGCUUGGCUGUAG